AUGGAUGUACCAGAGGGGAAUGGAAACCCUUUGGGUAAUGGACUCGGUCGAGCUAGGCAAACUCGACCGAUUGGUCAAGGAGAUGCUCCAAACCGCCACCAACAGAGACAAGGGAUUGUUCCACCACCAGUGCAGAACCACAACUUUGAGAUCAAGCUGGGAAUGAUCAACCUUGUCCAGAACAAGAUGUUCCAUGGAUUGCCAAGUGAAGACCCCAUUGACCACCUUGAUGAGUUUGAUAGGCUUUGUGAUUUGACAAAGAUCAAUGGUGUCUCUGAAGAUGCCAUCAAGCUGAGACUCUUUCCUAUGUCUCUAGCUGACAAAGCUCACCAAUGGGAGAAGAGCUUGCCCCAUGGCACAAUCACCACUUGGGAUGAAUGCAAGAAGGCCUUUCUUGCUAAGUUUUUCUCCACCGGUCGCACAGCCAAGCUUAGAGGAGAGAUAUCCAGCUUCAUCCAGCGAAACAAUGAGACAUUCGCAGAGGCUUGGGAGAGGUAUAGGGAGAUGCUAGACACAGCUAGCAAUGGGAACUUCCUCAACCAGGAUGUAGAUGAUGGCUGGCAACUUGUGGAGAACAUAGCUAACUCAAAUGGAAGCUAUGGAGAAGAGUAUGAUCGCACCAACCGGAGCUCGACCCACCACUCGAUCGAGUCAGACGAAAAGUUGAGAAAAGAUGUUAAGGCAUUGAAUGAGAAGUUGGAUAAGCUGAUCCUAGCUCAGUCCACAAUGAAGAAAGUCAACUUUGUGUCUGCUGAGGAGAUGGAACCAGUCCAAGAAGGGGAGGAUACACAAUUUGCUGAGGUGUGCUACAUGAGCAAUGGGCAAGGAGGUUACAACAAAGGAUACUAUAACUACAAGUCCAACCCUGCCAUGUCAUACCGCAACACUGAUGUUGCUAACCCUCAGGACCAAGUAUAUCCUCAACAACAAGCAGCUCGAUCGAGUCAGCAACUACUUCAAGGGCAAGCUGAUGGGGUAGUGGACACAAGCAAGAAGCUAGCUGAAAUAAACUCUAAGAUCGAGAACCUCAACACAAGGGUUUACUCUCUGGAGAAUCAUGCUUCUUCUGUUGCUGCUGCUACAAAGCAAGGACAACUACCUGGUAAAGCUAUUCAGAACCCCAAGGAACAGUGCAAGGUCAUCUUCACUCAAGAAGGACUUGUUGAAGAAGAGGAUCAAGAAAGGGUCAUUGAAGAUUUUUGUUUACUGCUGAAUGAUGAAGAGAUUGUUGCUGCUGAGGCUCCUGGAGUCCAGAUUGAUCAACCAGAAGUGCAUGCACCUACUGUGGCCAUUCACACUUCACCAGUUGAGCUCGCACGACAAGCUCGAUCGGCAGCUCGAUCGAGUCCAACUCUAGCUCGAUCGAGUCCGACCUCUUCUGUCCGACAACCUGUUUUGCUUGAUCCUUAUCAACCGGUUGCCGCUUCCUCGUCUCGCCUACUUAGUCAAGGUCACAAGGAAGUGAUUCACAAGUUCAGAAGAGAUCUCAGUGGGAUUGGAAUUGAGUUGCCUACUAUGGAUAGCAUGAGUGAGGCAUUUGAUCAAAUGCAAAUGGUCAAGGAUGUUCUAGCCAACAGUGAUAAAGUUUCAGAGGUCCUACAAGAGUCUACUCAUCAGUUCAACCUGCUUACUUCACCCACCUUCCUACCAAAGGUCAAGGAUCAAGGGAAAUUCACUCUCCCUUGCACACUUGGGCAUCUUGAGAUUGACAAUGCCUUAGUGGAUUCUGGAGCAAGCAUCAAUCUGAUCUCUCUCUCCAUGGCAGAGAAGCUAGGCAUAGCUGGAGCCUUGCAGCGCCCUACUACUUCAAUCAUCUUUGGAGAUGCAACUACUAAGUCUCCUCUUGGAGUGUUCAAGAACUAUCACUUGAAAAUUGGAGAAUGCAUCAUCCAAACUGAUCUCACUGUGAUGGAAAUGGAAGAAGAGAAGGAUUUGCCUUUGUUAUUGGGAACCCCUUUCCUUAGUACAGUUGGCGCUUCAAUUGACUUUCACAAGCAAGAAGUGAUCCUUCACAAGGUGAAUAGUUUGGUGUCAUAUCGCUUGCAGCCUAGAGGUUCAGACUUUUGUGCCACAAUUGACAGUACCAAUCUCAGUUCUAAGAGUCAUGGAGCUACAAAGGUUGUGAAGGAAAGGGUUGACAAGGAACCAAGAGUUGGGAAGGAUAAGGAUGAGAGAGGACCAAGGAUUGAGAAGCCACGUCUUGAGAGGGCUAGAGUUGAGAAACCACGAUCUGAUAGGCCAAGAGCUGAGACUUGUU